UCAAUGAUGGGGCAAGUGAAGUUAUCUCAUUUGCUUCUGGAGCCCGAAGGUUGAGGAGUAAUAACUGUUCCUGAACCUGAUCAUGAGUCCUGAGGCUCCCAUACUGCGUUCUUGAAGGCAGCAGUGAGAAGAGAGCAUGACCUGGGAGGUGGGGGGUCCCUGGUGAUGGAUGCUGCUUUCCUACAACAGCACUCCACGUGGAUGUGCUCUGUGGUGGGGAGGGAUUUACCUGUGAUGAACGGGGCCAUAUCCCUACUUUUUUGUCAGACUUUCUGUUCAAGGGCAUUGGUGUUUCCAUACCGGGCUGUGAUGCAGCCUGUCAAUAUACUCUCCACCAUACAUCUAUAGGAAUUUGUGUUUUAGAUGUCAUGCCAAAUCUUCGCAAACUUACAAGGAAGUUGAGGUGCUGCCUUUGUAAUUGCACUUGUGUGCUGGGCACCAGGACAGAUCCUCUGAUAAUUGGCUCACGGAUCUCUGGUUUCCUCCUACUGAAGUCAAUAAUUAACUCCUUGUUCUUGCUGACACUGAGUAAGAGGUUGUUGUUAUGGCACCACUCAGCCAGAUUUUCAAUCUCCCUCCUAUAUGCUGAUUUGUCACCACCUUUGAUUUGACUAAUGACAUUGGUGUCAUUGGCAUACUUGAAUUUGGCAUUGGAGCGACACAGUCAUAAGUGUCAAGCAAGCAGAGCAGGGGACUAAGCACACAGCCUUGUAGUGCACCUGUACUGAUGGGAGAUUCUGGAGAGAUGCAGUUGCGAAUCCAGUCUGACUGGGGUCUGCAAGUGAAGCAGUGGAGGAUCCAAUUGCACGAGGUAUUGAGGCCAAGGUCUUGCUAGUUGAUUAGUUUUGAAGGGCUGCUGGCAAUGAAUGCCUGAGGUGUCAACGAUAAAGAGCAUCCUGAUGUAUUCAUCUUUGCUGUCCAGAUGUUCCAGGGUUGAGUGAAGAGCCAAUGAUUCGGCAUCUGCUGUGGAGCUGUUGUGCCAGUUGGCAAAUUGGAGUGGAUCCAAGUCGCACUUCAGGCAGGAGUUGAUAUGUUUCAUCACCAACCUCUCAAAACACUUAAUCAAUGUGGAUAUUAUCAUGUUAGUAUUGGCAUGGAAGCUGGAGGCUCAAAACAUGGGUUUUUUCACUAAAGAAGAAUGGUUAAAAGGAAUGACGUCAUUACAAUGUGACUGCACAGAGAGGCUACAGAGCAAAUUUGAUUAUUUGCGUUCACAACUCAAUGACCUAUCAGCUUUCAAACAAAUUUACAGAUAUGCCUUUGAUUUUGCUAGAGAUAAAGACCAGCGUAGCCUUGAUAUUGAUACAGCUAAGUCUAUGUUAGCUCUGCUCCUUGGAAGAACAUGGGCUCUGUUCUCUGCCUUCUACCAAUUUUUGGAGCAAUCAAAGUACAGAGUUAUGAAUAAAGAUCAGUGGUUCAAUGUAUUGGAAUUCAGCAGAACUGUACUUGCAGAUCUUAGCAACUAUGAUGAAGAUGGUGCAUGGCCUGUGCUGCUUGAUGAAUUUGUUGAAUGGCAGAAAGCAAGGCAGUCAUCAUAACAAAUUAGAGGAAAAGAGAAGGACAGGAGAGCAAUAAUGUUUUGCAAUCCAACCAAACUAUGUCUUUUAAUUAUGAAAUGGAAAGUAUUUGUCAAAAGCCAUCUUUUAUGCUAGCUACAGACUUUUCAGUGUUACAAGAGGGAAGAAGGUUUCCAAGUUGCAUCUAUAUUAGGCAUUUUAUUAUGUAUUCAUCAAAUAUGGCACCUGAUGUUAGGAUUUUGUCCAGUCUUGAUUCUUAAUGCUUUUGGCAAUAUCUGUUUAUAACUUCCUAAGUACUUUGAAGCACAUUUUAAAAAUUAUAGGUUUCCAUUAAAAACAAAUGAUUUUUGUGUGUGACUGAGAGAUGCAAGGCCUUGAAGUGUAUGAAUGCGAUUUUUCAGUUAUUGGAAAGUGUAUACUAAUGUAUUGGAAAUUUGCCAUUCUGGUACCAUACCAAAAACUUACUGAACCUCAUCAUAUUUUAUUGUAACUAUAUAGCAUUUUUUCUGUGAUAUACUAUAUCAUUAGGUACUGGUGCUGUUCUAGGACUGUGAGCUCAGCGUUAAUGGUAAUGCCAGUAGCACCUCUGCGAUGCCAUGUAAAAGAGGAUUAUGUGUGAUACAGAUGUAUGUUUAAACUUUUUUCUUCAUUUACAUUGUUAAGGUAUCCACAGAUUUGCCUGUUUUCAAAAGCUUUAUUUAUUUUAUGUCCAUUUUUAAGAACAAAAUGGAAUGUGGUCAUAUAAAUCUGAAUUAAGUGGGGGGGGGGGAAUUAUGUGAUUGGAACUGCAUAUAAUAGCCUUCAUUAUUUCAUGAGCAUGCAUGUGGUUUUGACUACAGUUUUUAGUAACAGCAGAUAUGUUACCACAGCUCUCAGUUGGCCCACUGAACUAAGUACAUUGUGAGACUAUACAGUAUCAAAUAUUUGUCUCCAGGAUAGAAAGCUGUAAAUUAGCUUGAACUAAGUACUCUUAUGCUGUUGGUUAGUAAAAGCUUUUGUAUGAAGGUGACGCUGUGGGACCUUGAAUUUAAAAGAAAAUUCUUAUGCUCAUUAGCAUCCAAAAUAUGAAUUGUAAUUUUGACAGUGGAAUUUUUGUGUAUACAAAGUAUGAUCUAAACACUUAAGAUUUGAAACACUGAAGGAUAAUUGUGGUGAAUUAUUUUAUCUUUUUCCCCUCAGUAUUUCAUAUUUGAGCAGAUUCUUAUCAAUUCUUGAAUUUACUUUGUGCAGAAGAUAUUUGGGCAAUUUAAUUAUUGGAACAGUAUGACAAUUUCCAAAACACUAAAAGCUACUGAUUUACUGUUCUCUCAAAAGCCCACAAAGUUAGAAGCAGAGUGGUGUUUUGGGAUGCACUUUACACAGUUCUGUACAUCCUAGUGCCAGUUAAUAUUAAAAGUAGUGUAUUUUUGAUGUUUUUUAAAAACAUUUUAAAAUUGUCAUGAAGUCUUACAGAUUUUUAACAAUGAUUUAACAGUGCAAAGGGCUCAACACUCAAGAUUGCUCAAUUCUGAGUACUAAUUAUUUAAUAUAUUACUCAGUAAAUUGGUAAGAUCUUGUACUGCCUUCACCCACCCUCUUGCAUAAGAUGAGCCAUUAUGCAUCCGAUUCCUGGAGCAAGAAUUCAACCUGUGGUCUAUUACACCACACACCAAUCAUCGUACCCAGUCUCUCUCAGUAACAUGAAUACAGCUUGUUAGUACAGAAUCAGUUACUUGAAAAUUUUGCUUUUUAAACUGCUAAAUGAUUUAUUAUGAGGUUUGUUUGAAAUAAUGGGGCUAGUUCUUCCCUGUUGUAAAGUAAUUAAUUUAAUGAAAUUUAGUCUCUGUAUGUAGUACAGUGGAUCUUUAAGCAAACUUUUUUUUCCCAGAAAGAAAUCCUUACAGCCGGUAGGAUACUUAUUCAAAGGUAUAAAAAAUCUGGUAUCAGAACUUCAGUUAAUGUUAUACAGCUGUUUUCUUAAAGUACAAAGGAUGGUUUUAAAAUAUAUUUUGUUUUUAAAAGUUGAUUUUUGUGAUGUUGCCAUAUAUUUUCACCCUCUGUGGAUGUUUUAGAUAUCACUAGGAACUAGCACAUGAAUGUCGGCUCUAGAAGUGUCAACAAGCUUCCCAUCAGACUAACUGCCAAGCUAAGAAAAUGAGUCUUUUGAUACAGGCGAUUUAUUGAAUUCUUCAGACUUGAGUGCCGUCAAUAUGAUACCCAAAGUCAGAAUUCUUGAGAUGCCUUGUAGGGGUUGUCAUCUAUGUCACUGUAAAGCUUUCUGGCAGGUGGACAAAAGCUAUAUAGAUCUUGGUCUAGAUGAUGCAUUGUAGUGCAAAAAUUACACUGUCAGCAUUCAUCUUUCAAAUUACUUUAUUAUUCAUUGAAAAUCACCUAAAUAAAGUGCCCAACCAAUUUCACUUUACAAUUCCAUUUAUAAUGACCCUCAAAUACAAUUUUAUGCUUUUACUUAACCUUCAGAAUUUCAAACCUUAAAUCUUAUAAUAGAGGGCAUCAUUACUUCAUUUUUCCAUUGCAUUAUUUUGGUUAAUCUGGUAUGAAAUCCAUCUUUCUGUGAAACUUUUUUUUAAGUGAGAUAAUUAAUUUAGAAAUACCCAAUUUAAUUGAAUCUCAUUUGUACCUAACUCCAUUAGUUUCAGAUAUGAGCAAGGCGGGAACACAUGAACAGUACAAUAUUCCUGGUAAAGGGUCUCAGCCUGAUAUGUCGACUGUUUAUUCCCCUCCAUAGAUGCUGCCUGACCUGCUAAGCUCCUCCAAUAUUUUAUGUAUUGCAUUGUUCCCUUUUCUGUUUUCCAUCAAGUGUAUUCAGUUGCCUUUUAAAAGAAAAAACCUAACUCGUGCAAUGAGUUCUGGUCUCUAUUUAAUUGACUUCACUUGAGAAAAGUUAAUCAUAAAGUGUGAAAUGCUUAAGAAUACCCAUGGAAUUUACAGUCAGCUUUUUUUAUUUUCUUUUUUUCAUAAUUUACUGGUCCCCAGACAGAUUUCUUAAGUCAUAGAACCAAUAGUUUUAGAUUUAAAUUCAGAAUUUCAAUAUAGAAUCUAAUUUGUGCUCAAAGACCUAAGAUAGCAAAAUAUGCCAUGGGUUUAGAGGGGUUAUUCUUCCAUCUUGUCCAUGAAAUACCCUAAUCUUUGAGAAACUCUAUUGCGGUUUUUAGAAAGAAUAUGAAUAGAAAUAGAUUGAAGAAACUUGCAGGUUGUGUAAAUUAAUGUACUUAAUAGCAUUUCAUUUAAGGGGAAUACUGUAAGUGAAACCUAUGGUUCAGUGUACUUUCAAUAAUUUUAAAAUAUGCUGCUGAAUAUAUAAUUGCAUUUUUUCAUGUCAUUUUCCAACAUGUGUAUUUUAAUCCCUCAAUUUUCUCUCUAUCUGAAGCAAAUAAAUAUUGAGUGUGACAAAGGGAUUACUAUGCAUGUAAGCUGUGCUAAAAGAAUAGAGAAUCUAGUAUUGUUAACAAUUUAACCCAGUUUAUGACUUCACAAAAUAUAAAAUGUCAACUUUGCAUUAUUGGGGCGAUCUUACAAAAGGAGCACAACUUUUUUUUUCCCCCUGAUUUCACUGUUCCUAUUCGGUGGUAUCCACUCACUGUUUCCUUUGGAUCAGAACUACAUUUGUAUAUUUUUGCAUUGCAUAAUCACAAACCAAUUUAAAUUGAAUGAUAAACUUUAUAAGGAGGUUCAUAAUGGAAUAUAAAAUGACUGCAUGUUUUCAUAUUUAAAGAUAUUGGAGAAAAAGACCUAUUGCAAUGCAACUUAAAACAGAAUUACUGACACGCCAAGGACUGUGAACUCUGGCAUUUUAGUUGUAUAAUAAAAAAAAGGAACAGUGUUUAUUUAAGUGUCUUAAUUCAUGAAUGGUGAUAUUUAAAAUCUAUUGACCCCGCUGCUUACAUAACCAUGAAAAUCCAGGGUCUUAAGUAUUUUGUACAACCAAAGGAAAACAAGAUUGUGGAUUUUUCACACAAUGGAACAUAGAAGUGUGUUUUAUUGUUAGUAUUUUGUACAAUGGUUGUGUGUGACCUUGUAUUUUUCAUUACAGACCUUUUAAACGAAAAGAUUCUAACUUGACACUAUUUUGAUAGUAUUUAAAACUGCUUGAUCUUGUGUGUUCAGUUUGGAUGUGUGUCUAUUAGAAUAAUUGCAGCAUC